AUGUCUUUCCUCGACUUUCCUCCUGAAAUUAUUCUUUGCAUAGCAGACAAGCUAGAUCAAGCGAGAGAUUUGCUUAAGCUGGCUUGCCUCAAUCGAGCAACGAAUGCUCUUUUGCUCGAAUAUUUGUACAAGUUCAACGUCCGAAACCAACGCAGCUCUGCCUUGUUUUGGGGGGUUCUUCGAGGCGACUCGGAAUUUGUGGAAAUGAUGUUGCGCAGCUAUCAAGCGGACGCCAAUACCACAGACGAUAAAUCUCGCACACCAAUAUUUUAUGCAAUUCGCUCUGAGAACGAGACAAUGAUUCGUACGCUUCUUUUUGAUAAGAGGGCGGAUAUCAAUUGGCAAGACCACCACAGGCAGACUCCACUGGUAUAUGCCAUUGCAAGCAAAAAGCUGUCUACUGCAACACUUUUACUCGAUUUUAAUCCAUGUCUGAAUACAAUUGAUGUCAAGCACCGGUCUGCUAUCUGGUAUGCCAUCGCUCUCUGCGAUGAGAACCUGGUGCAAGCCCUUCUGGAAAGGGGCAGCGAUCUACGAACGCCAGAUUACAAACACUUUUCACCAUUCAGCCUUGCUAUUGCCAAGGAAACCCCCAAAAUUACCCGGCUGUUACUCCUCCAUUUAGAUCCCAAUUUAAGAAUGACUCUACUGGAGAAUGUCACUAUCAGAAACAGUCUGCUCUGUCAGGCUGUACAGGCAAGCCUUCAAGAUUUCGUCGCGCUGCUGGUUUCCCAUGGCGCAGAUCCCAAUACAAGAAACUGGCAUGGCCGGACCCUGUUGCAUCAAGCUACACAAAACGGCGACAGCGGGAUAGUCCAACAAUUGCUCGCCUAUGAAGAGAUCUCCAUCAAUGCAACGGACAGACACUCCUGCACUGCUCUCCACGUCGCAGCAGAGUAUGGAUGCACGUCGGUAGCCAAGUGCCUGCUGGCCAAACGCGGCAUAGAUUUCAGAGCAAGAGACAUUUACGGUCGCACCGCCUUCCAAAUCGCAGCAGAAUAUGGAAAUACGUCGAUCACAGGGCUUCUCUUAGCCUAUAGUGCUGUGGAUAUCAAUGCCCCAGAUGCUCAAGGAGCAACGGCACUCUGUUCAGCUGCAGAUUUCAAACGCACGGCUGUAGCCCUACAGAUCCUCGCACAAGAUCAUGUAGAUGUCAACGUGGCCGGUCAAACUGGCAGGACAGCUCUCCAUCAUGCGGCGAGAACGAGAAACAUACAGAUCGCAUGUGUCCUUCUCGCCAAUGAGGACCUAGAUCCCAACGUUUGCGAUGACUACGGAUACCCCCCCUCACCUACGCUGCUUUGA